AUGGGCAUAUCGGAGGAGAUCAAGCUGGAGGAACUACCGCAAGAAGCCAAGCUAGCGCACCCGGAUGCCGUCGUGCUGGUGGACCGAGCACCCGGCUCAUCGGCCGGUGCAGCGCUCACGGUUUCCGGCGGUGCUCCCAGCGGUGCUAGUGGUGCCAGUGGUGGCACCAACAGUCCCAUUUCGGAUGGGAACAGUGACUGCGAGGCGGACGAGUAUGCCCCGAAGCGGAAGCAACGGCGCUAUCGGACAACCUUCACCAGCUUUCAGCUGGAGGAGCUGGAGAAGGCCUUCUCCCGGACCCAUUAUCCAGACGUGUUUACGAGAGAAGAGCUGGCGAUGAAAAUUGGAUUAACCGAGGCGCGCAUUCAGGUCUGGUUCCAGAACCGGCGCGCCAAGUGGCGCAAGCAGGAGAAGGUCGGCCCCCAGUCGCAUCCGUACAAUCCCUACCUGCCCAGCGGCGCCGCCACCAUGCAGACGGUGGUUGGAGCCGCCCUGCCACCGAAUCCCUUCACCCACCUGGGCUUCCAGCUGCGCAAACCCUUCGAUGCCCAACACGCCGCCAACUUGGCCGCCUUCCGAUAUCCUCACUUGUCCGCCGGUCCCAUGAUACCGUCGGGCUACUUUAACCAAUUCCAGAGAGCUCCUCCGCACAUGCUGCCCCCUGGAAUGGCCGGGAUGUACUCUCCCUCGAGCUCCUUCCAAUCGCUACUGGCCAAUAUGACGGCGGUCCCACGAGCUCCGCCCCUUGGCAAGCCGCCCACCGCCCUGCUGGUGGGAUCCCCUGAUCUGCACUCGCCCAACCACCUGCUCGCCUCGCCGCCCACAUCACCAGCCUCGGGACACGGCUCUCAGCACCAGCAUCCGGCGCAUCCGCCUCCGCAGGUGCCGCCUCCUCCACAUCCAGUUGGUGUCCAGCCCGCUCAACUGUCGCCCCAGCAGCUGGUGGGCAUAGCUCUGACCCACCAGGCACCGUGCCUGUCCCCGACACAGACAGCUCCAGUGGCCUUGACUUUAUCCCAUUCGCCACAGAGGCAGCUGCCACCGCCGCCGGCGCAGCAUCAGGCACCGCCUAGAGCCGCCACACCGCCGGAGGAUAGACGCACUUCCUCCAUUGCAGCUCUGCGUCUGAAGGCUAGGGAGCAUGAACUGAAGCUGGAGCUGCUGCGCCAAAAUGGACAUGGCAACGAUGUGGUCAGCUAG